AGCUAAUUCACCCAGGGAACCCCAGCUGAAUGUCAACUGGAAGGUAUUUGGCUGUCCAAAACAAUACUGUAAGUCUGUUGGUUUUAGGAACUUGUCAUGCCUAUAAGAUUUAUUCCACCACCACCAACCUCCUUUCUUGUUUAGUUGCUCACGUGAUGGGCAUAGACCCAUGCCUAAGAUCACCCAAUCCCGUCUCCUAGCACAUAACUGCUAGUCAUAUGCAAAUAGACUUGAUCUGGUCUUUGAAUCUGGUCUCCUCAGAUCAAAAGAGCCUUGACUUGUGUCUUUCAUCAAAUGAAUGGUUUAAAAUUGUACUUUGAUUCUAACAUUCAUGGACAAUGCCUUCAUUACGACACACCCAAAUGCCACAAAACUGUGGCAAGCUUUUGAGUUCUCCAGAACUCUUCAUCAGGCAAGAGGCUACACAAAGCAGGGACACAAAUAAAAAUAAAAAAGCUCCGAAAUUAGGCUGGACGUUGUAGUCAUGAGGUCAGCUUGGACCAGGACCUUUGCUUUUUUAUGUCAUUUGAUUGCUUGUUUGUAUAUCCCUGCUGAGGAUGCUUCUUAGUUGCAGUGUUGACUCUGUGCCACUGAGUCCUUGAGCCAGCAAGGCUGUAUCACUUUAGCCAAGAAAAAUGUAUGGUUUUGUCAACCAAAGCAGGUGCUGGCCAACCAAAUGCCAACAGUCUUGCUGCUAAUCCAUUGGCGUUGUAACUGCAACCAUCUUCCAUUUUACAUCCGUCCUAUCAAUAUACACUGUUUAUUCCGGGGUGCAUUUAAUUUUUGUUGUCAUAUGCAAGUCAACUUGCAAGGAUCUUCUGAGUCACUUGAAGAAGUAUACCGAUUUAGUGUUUCCUUAAAAAAUUUCUAUUUUGCCCCUAAUUCAGUAUGGAGGGAUGGAUCAAGCCAAAUGCUAUUUCUUGUGGCUCUUUGCUUCUAAGCAUUCUGACAACUAAAAACCUAAUGAGUGUUGGUAAUCAACAGUGUUUUUCUUUUCUUGCUUCCAACAAUACCUAGAAAUGUGUCUGCAUUUCUAUCAGCCCUGAUAGUUGCCAUGUAUCUAAUUACAGUGGUACCUCGGGUUAAGUACUUAAUUCGUUCUGGAGGUCUGUUCUUAACCUGAAACUGUUCUUAACCUAAAGCACCACUUUAGCUAAUGGGGCCUCCUGCUGCUGCCGCGCCACUGGAACACGAUUUCUGUUCUUAUCCUGAAGCAAAGUUCUUAACCCGAGGUACUAUUUCUGGGUUAGUGGAGUCUGUAAUCUGAAGCGUAUGUAACCUGAAGUGUAUGUAACCCGAGGUACCACUGUAUGUUGUUCGCAGUCCCCAGAAAUAGUGGCUUUCAUUGCUUGUAACUUAAUGUGCUGUGUACCCUUAUACACUCCUCUGCUGCAUUAAGAUGAAUGUUUCAGACAUUUUAGGUAGUAUAAUCACUUGCUAACUGCUAGGUCCUUGGUAGUGGUUCAAUCAGCAUAUUAGAGUAGAUAUGUUUAAAAGACAACCAGUUUGUAUUAGCCAUUUCUCCCACAGUUGGUGAGAUUGAGUUUUGAUCCCCAGGCACCACAACAAAUCUUCCAAAGGCGUAUGUGAUUUUAAAUGGGCUCAACAUCCCAGGAAUAGCAAUUGACAGGCAUUUGCUACACAUAAUAAUUUUAUUAUUUGUACCUUGCUCAUCUGACAUGGGCUGCCCACAUAUUUUGCAUUCAACACUCAGAUCUGAGGCUCUGUUUCUUCCCACAUGUAGUUUAUACCAUGUAACAGGAGCGUGACAAAAAAUGCCCUGUGGCCACUCCAUCUGUGCUAUGCCUGCUCACUUACACUCUCCACUCAUUCCAGGUUUGUCUGCAUCAAACACACACCUGCUGCUGCUCCUCCCUCUUUCCGAGUCUCUGGCCGCUCGCUCAGCCUAUUUCACAAUUUGCCUCUCAGCGCUGGCUCUCAAGAGCAGGCUUACAGGUUUGGUGCACAGAGGAGGAGGAGAAGGAGAUGCACCGCUGAACCAUCUGAUCAGGGAGAAGAAGCCAGAGCAAAUACAAGACAGGGGACCAGUUUCUGCAGCACAGGCAUCAAGGUAAGAUUCCCACCAGCAUCCAUUUGCUGGACGGCACUGCAAACAUCUGCCUUUCUAGUAAUGUGGGUUGAGCAGAGUGGCAUGAUCGACAAGGGGGUAAGGGGACCCGUGCCCUGGAAUUAACCCGAGGUGUGAUGUUACCUUGCUCAGUUCCAUGAGACCCAAGGGACAGACGGACAGGAGAUUCCAGCAUAUUGUUACAAAAGCUGGGUGCCGCCCCCACUCUCUGCAAGACUCCAGGGGGUUCCAGGCACUCACCCAGGAUCUGGGUUCCAUUGAAGGAUUGAGACAUGGCAGAGACUGUCUUAGCUUUAAGAAAUACAGUGGUACCUCGGGUUAAGUACUUAAUUCGUUCCGGAGGUCCGUUCUUAACCUGAAACUGUUCUUAACCUGAAGCACCACUUUAGCUAAUGGGGCCUCCUGCUGCCGCCGCGCGAUUUCUGUUCUCAUCCUGAAGCAAAGUUCUUAACCCGAGGUACAAUUUCUGGGUUAGCGGAGUCUGUAACCUGAAGCGUCUGUAACCUGAAGUGUAUGUAACCCGAGGUACCACUGUAUGGUUUAUUCACCUAUUUACACCUUCAGUCUGUAUGGAAGGGUCCAGAUAACUAGGAAAGGUUGGAAUAAGUUAUCAGCACCCAUUAUAAAGGGGUGUGUGUGUGUGUGUGUGUGUGUGUGUGUGUGUGUGCAUUAUUCAUGAUGCUGCUGUCUGUCUGUGUGACUUUAUGCCUAGCGUUCCAACCAAAUAUACCUCUAUUUAGCUCCUGUCUCAGGGGGGUUUACUAAGUUGAUCCCUCAUUUUAAGCGGAUCCUUCUAUUUAACGAUCACUUGCUGCCCACUCCCUAAGUGGGCAUCUUUGCAGGUGCUUAAAUCAUUGGACCAACUCCUGUCUCAGCAAUCCACUGGCCAUGGGUUCUGUCGUGUGAUUUCACAUGCUUGUGUGUUUGUGUACCACCCUUCUACCACUUCGCUUUACAUGUCUAGCUGGCACCCUUCAUUCCUUUUGGACGGGAAGGUGGGAAGUGGCUGUCGUGGCAUUUCUCAAAAACCUGUAAAGGUAAAGGGUAAAGGGACCCCUAACCAUUAGGUCCAGUCGUGACCGACUCUGGGGUUGCGGCGCUCAUCUCGCUUUAUCGGCCGAGGGAGCUGGAGUACAGCGCCACCCGCGUCCCUCAAAAACCUGUAGGCAGCUGAUAAUCUUCAGGAAACAGAAGUCAGUGGCUGAUCAUACCUGGGUUGGGGGAGAGAAGAGGCAUCCAGCCAGUACCUCUCCAUCUGUUUUCGCCUUGAACAAGACUGCUAAUAGCAGGCCAAGCGAGAGAGCCUCCGUUUAUAUAUUGAUACCAAUCAGGGUGGUCUGCCACAAUCUAGGGAUGCACAGAGUACACCAGGAGGUUAAAACUUAAUCAACAGUUGCCAAGAGCUGCCGCAACCAUUGCUAUAUCGAUCUCUCUGCUCGUGCUGUUGUUUUUCGCCCAGUGCUUAGCGAAGGGAGAAUUUCAAUCAAAGUGGCCCACGCUUUGUGGGAAACUGGGAUGAUGCAGCCAAGAGUUGACUGUAUUCUUCACCAUUUGCUCCUUUGCCUCCCUCCUAGCUGGAAGGUACUAAGGAAAGAUGAACAUGACCGAUGAAACAUGGGCAAACAAAGCCAGGGACCCAGAUGGGGAUGGGAAAUCGCCUUGUCUUGCUGGCACUGCUGCUGUCAUCUAUUACUGCAUCCUGCUGUGUGUGGGUCUGCCAGGUAAGGAAAAGGAUGAGAAGCAAGCCAUCUCCACAGGUGUGUCUGGGAGAAACUUAAGAGAUACAAAGAACAAGGAGGAAGAGAAGCAGCAAUUCAGAGUGAAGGAUUUUUUUAAUUCGCAGUACUUUGCUUUGAAAGAAAAGUGGAAUUUAAAUGUAGUGAAAUAAAAAUGUGUUUUUCUGUUUUUAUUAAAUAAAAAUAUGUUUUUAAAAAAUUAAAUGAUAUAAUAAAAAACACAUCGCAACAACUUUUUUUAAAAAAUGAAACAAAUAAAAGCCCACAACAGAAUCACAGAGAGAGCUGGUAUAAUAUAAAUGCUUCUUGGAACCAACCUAAAACUUUGGUGCAAAGGGGCCAAACAGAUGCACUGUUUCAAGAUGUGGAGCCACCACUGAGAAGGACCUGUGUCUGGUACCCAUCAACAAAAAGGGAAUAAUAUUUUGAGACCGUGUGGAUCAUGAGCUCUGGGGUGAUAGAAAAUGGCAAAUGGUGGGGAAAUCUGGGUGUGGAAAUAGCAAGGGCUUUAGGAAAUAGUUUAGAGAGGUGUUCGCAUAAAUGAUUUGCAAACAAAUCUGACAAUGAUCACAAUAACCUUAGGGAGUUCAGAAGGAUGCAGAGCCAAGGGGUCAUGUGAUGAGAGACCAGAAAGGAAACAAAGCAACAACUUUUAAAAAGGCAUUUUUUUCCAAGUGAGGGUUUGUUGAUACAUUGCUGCUUGGUGUUGAUUAAUUUACCCCUUGUUUACAAAAUAAGAAACCUUUCUAAUCAAAUGCAGCGAGGUUCAUUUAUAGUGACCCAGCAGUUAUCUGUUAGCAGCAUUCACACACCAUAUUGGAAAGCAGGAAAUGGAAAAUGGUUAUGAAAUGUCCUAUAUGAGCAGAAGUCAUAAAUGCUACUAAGCUUGGUAAAUAGAGGAGUGCCGAGUUCUCAUUACGUAAAAAAAUGGGACGUUGUAAUGAGAAUGAAACCCAUUUCAAUGCAAAUAAAUGUGAGGUUUUUAAAAAAGUUGCACCAGUGGUUGGAAAUAAAUAUAGAUACAGUGGUGCACCGCAAGACGAAUGCCUCGCAAGACGAAAAACUCGCUAGACGAAAGAGUUUUCCGUUUUUUGAGUCGUUCCGCAAGACAAAUUUCCCUAUGGGCUUGCUUCGCAAGACGAAACGUCUUGUGAGUUCUAGCGAGUUUGUUUCCUUUUUCUUAAAGCCGCUGCGUAUAGCCGCUAAGCUGUUAAUAGCCGCUAAGCCGCUAAUAGCCGCUAAGCCGCUAAUAGCCGUGCUUCGCAAGACGAAAAAACCGCAAGACGAAGAGACUCGCGGAACGGAUCAAUUUCGUCUUGCGAGGCACCACUGUAGCAAAUUGGGAUGUUGUGCCUAAACUCCACCACGGUGUAGCGGCCUUGCUACAGUGAGAAUUGGUGGGGCUUUCUUUUAUUCUGCACAAAGUGGGGGUGUUCGUUGACGGCACCAAGUUCUCUGAAAUUCUAAAUUAUAAUCUGCAUGAAUGUCACUUAAUUCUCAAACUUUGGGAUACUUUGCCAAGGCACAACUGACAAGAGACCCAUCUCUUUGUCUGUGGCCAAAUGCAUCAAAAGGACAUCCCCCCCCCGCCCCCCCGUGUUGUAAAAGGGACACAUUUUUUGAGCUGAAAAAAUUGCAGCACACUGUGACAUACCUUCAGGAAAUGAAGAAAAUAGAUAUAUAAGCGAUUGGCUUGGGAAAGGAAAGGUUAUUUAGGACAAAUAGAUGGUCCCCUUAUGUAAAGCAGAGUAUUAUUUUUAGAGCCAAUCACUAGAGGGAGCCAUGAGCUCAUGUAGAUACGACAAUGCUGGACAUGCGACUGGCCUGGACAGUUCAGCAAGUGCAGCUCUGUGAAUGUGUGCUGGGGGAAAGUAGACCGGAGGCCCUGAAAGAGAAUCAGGGGGUGUGAAGGAGAAUGUGACUUGCACUGAGGAGGGGAGAAGGUUCAGAGCCAGGCCCAAAAUGAGGUACGCAUGCUUCCCCAACAUAAAUAAGAAGACUUUGGAUCUCGAUGGGAUAGGGACCUCCACUGCUAACAUAGAAAGCUGCCUUAUACAGUGGUACCUCGGGUUAAGUACUUAAUUCGUUCCAGAGGUCCGUUCUUAACCUGAAGCAAAACUUUAGCUAAUGGGGCCUCCUGCUGCUGCCGCUGCGCCGCUGGAAGAAGAAGAAGAAGAAGAAGAGUUUGGAUUUGAUAUCCCGCCUUUCACUCCCUUUAAGGAGUCUCAAAGCGGCUAACAUUCUCCUUUCCCUUCCUCCCUCACAACAAACACUCUGUGAGGUGAGUGGGGCUGAGAGACUUCAGAGAAGUGUGACUGGCCCAAGGUCACCCAGCAGCUGCAUGUGGAGGAGCGGAGACGCGAACCCGGUUCCCCAGAUUACAAGACUACCGCUCUUAACCACUACACCACACUGGCACUGGAGCACAAUUUCUGUUCUCAUCCUGAAGCAAAGUUCUUAACCCCUGACAGUACUGUUUCUGGGUUAGCGGAGUCUGUAACCUGAAACGUCUGUAACCUGAAGCGUCUGUAACCCGAGGUACCACUGUACUGAGUUAGACCACUGGCCCAUCUGGCAGCUUGGUGUGGUCCACUUUGACUGGCAAUGCCUGUCCUGGCUUUCCAAGAGAGGACAUUCCCCACCCUUGGUGGAGUCGCCAGGGAUUGAACAUGGGACCUUCGGCUUGCAAAGCAAAUGCUCUGCUACUGCCUGGAGAGACAUUGGGCACAUUGAGGAAAGCUGGGGAAGGAAUGUGCAAAAGGUCACCCAAUGGGUUUCAUGGCUGAGUGGGGAUUUGAACCCAGGGCUCCCCGACAGCCACACUGCCUGUCUUUAGCAGAGUCAUUCUAUUUGGAACUACCACCACAAAACCAUUUCUCUUUUUUUUAAUUUGUAAAACUGAGUUUUGAAUCGAGCGAAUUUGCAGAUGGAAGCUAUUGGUUAUGUUCCUGUACCUUGCUUGUGGUUGUUGUUGUUUUCUGUGACAAUCUCUCACCUAUUCCAACUCACUUGCCUCUCUUCCUCAUUUCAGUGAACAUUUUGGCUGCCGUUGCGCUGACCCGCCUGGCUGCCCGCACCAAGAAGUCCUCCUACUGGUACCUCCUGGCCCUCACAGCAUCCGACAUUAUGACCCAGGUCUUUGUCGUCUUUGCGGGCUUCAUUGUGCAGGCGGCCAUCUUGGGCCGCGAGGUUCCGGGCGCCUUUACCCUCACCAUCAAUGUGCUGCAGUUCACAGCCAAUCAUGCCUCCAUCUGGGUGACUGUCCUGCUCACUGUAGACCGUUACGUGGCCCUCUGCCACCCACUGCAGUACAGGGCUGUGUCUUACCCAGGGCGCACCCGGAAGAUCAUUGGCACCGUCUUUGCAAUAUCAUUGGCCACCGGAAUCCCCUUCUACGGGUGGCUGGAUGUUUGGCAUGAUGCCUACCCACCCACCACCAUGGACAAGGUCCUGAAAUGGCUUCACUGCUUCCUCAUCUACUUCAUGCCCUGUAGUAUUUUCCUGGUGACGAAUUCUGUGAUCAUCUACAAGCUCAAGCACUCGGGCUGGCCCCACCGGCGCCUCAGCAAGACCACAGCCAUUCUGCUGGCCGUCACCACCGUCUUCAUCAUCCUCUGGGCUCCACGGACCGUUGUCAUGAUCUACCACCUCUACGUGGCCUCCGUCAGACAGAACUGGGAAGUCCACCUCGCAAUGGACGUUGCCAACAUGGUGGCCAUGCUCAACACCUCCCUCAACUUCUUCCUCUACUGCUUUGUCAGCAAGACUUUCCGGCGCACUGUCUGUGAGGUGCUGGCGUCUAUCCGGCUCCCAUGCACCCAAUCGCCGAGGAGGAAUGGCCCCUCGGAUCCGGCCCUGAAACCCCUGGGGGUCUUAGAUGGGACCAUUCUAGGAGGAACAUCUCCCUUCUGCAACCAGCUCCAACAUUGCUGA